AUUUCUGUCAUUCUCUUCCUCUCCAACAAGAUAAUAGUGUGUCAAACUCUGGAGAGAUUUUGAUUAUCUAGAUAUCUGCCUCAACAAGAAAAUCUACAGAGGUCUAAGUAGCCAAUAAGAGUGACUAGUAUUAUUAAGGAAACAGAAGGGGCAUUUGGUGAGAGAUGAAUUUAAUUAAAGACACACGAAUUGCUUAAAGGAAGAAACACUUUUGAUAUGCUGGGACCAAACUAGAAUAUGGCAAAUAAGAACAAUUUCUUAAGUCAUUUACUAUUUGUGGAAGUAAGCAUGAACAUAAAAUCACAUCUGCUCAAUCUUUCCCUGAGAGGUUGGAGAGGUAUAUUUCCUAAACCAACAUGAAAAGAAAAUGAUAAGGGGCAAGCGCAUGGAGGUGUUUAUGUUUUCAGCUCUAUCCAAUUGCUUGGGACCCAAAACAAAAGCCAGUGCAGAUGGAAGGAUGCAAGAUUAUACAAUGGAAACCCCAAUCUCUCCUUGCAGAACGCACUCAGCUCCCAGCUGUCGUCCAUUUCCAGGCACGUCGCUGACACCCAGCAAUUAGCACGCCCAGGUUCUCCUUUGGAAAAGCAGUGUGGGAGAACAAUACCACCAUAAGUCCUCCUGGACUAGAAAGCAGGUGAAUCCAGUUUGGAAGAAAAGCAAGGUGAAAGAAAUCAUUGAAUCCCCCGCCUUCAGAAGAGGGUGCAUUUUCAGGAGGAAGCGAUGGCUUCAGACAGCAUAUUUGAGUCAUUUCCUUCAUACCCACAGUGCUUCAUGAGAGAAUGUGUACACGGAAUGAAUCCAUCUAGAGAUGUUCACGAUGCCAGCACGAGCCGCCGCUUCACGCCGCCUUCCACCGCGCUGAGCCCGGGCAAGAUGAGCGAGGCGCUGCCGCUGGGCGCCCCGGACGCCGGCGCCGCCCUGGCCGGCAAGCUGAGGAGUGGCGACCGCAGCAUGGUGGAGGUGCUGGCCGACCACCCCGGCGAGCUGGUGCGCACGGACAGCCCCAACUUCCUCUGCUCCGUGCUGCCCACGCACUGGCGCUGCAACAAGACCCUGCCCAUCGCUUUUAAGGUGGUGGCUCUGGGAGAUGUCCCAGAUGGCACUCUAGUCACUGUGAUGGCGGGCAAUGACGAAAACUACUCAGCUGAACUGAGAAAUGCCACCGCAGCCAUGAAAAACCAAGUUGCAAGAUUCAAUGACCUCAGGUUUGUCGGUCGGAGUGGAAGAGGGAAGAGCUUCACUCUGACCAUCACCGUUUUCACCAAUCCACCACAAGUUGCCACUUACCACAGAGCCAUCAAAAUCACAGUGGAUGGACCCCGAGAACCUCGAAGACAUCGUCAGAAACUAGAUGAUCAGACCAAGCCCGGGAGCUUGUCCUUUUCCGAGCGGCUCAGUGAGCUGGAGCAGCUGCGGCGAACAGCCAUGAGGGUCAGCCCACACCACCCAGCCCCCACACCCAACCCUCGGGCCUCCUUGAACCACUCCACUGCCUUUAACCCUCAGCCUCAGAGUCAGAUGCAGGACACAAGGCAGAUCCAACCAUCCCCACCGUGGUCCUAUGAUCAGUCCUACCAGUACCUGGGAUCGAUCGCCUCACCUUCUGUACACCCAGCAACACCCAUCUCACCUGGACGGGCCAGCGGCAUGACAACCCUCUCUGCAGAGCUUUCCAGUCGACUCACAACGGCCCCCGACCUGACGGCCUUCGGCGACCCACGCCAGUUCCCUGCGCUGCCCUCCAUCUCAGACCCUCGCAUGCACUACCCCGGAGCCUUCACCUACUCCCCGACGCCCGUCACGUCGGGCAUUGGCAUUGGCAUGUCGGCCAUGAGCUCAGCCACGCGCUACCACACGUACCUGCCGCCGCCCUACCCUGGGUCGUCGCAGGCACAGGGUGGCCCCUUCCAGGCCAGCUCGCCCUCCUACCACCUGUACUACGGCGCCUCGGCUGGCUCCUACCAGUUCUCCAUGGUGGGUGGCGAGCGUUCGCCGCCGCGCAUCCUGCCACCAUGCACCAACGCCUCCACGGGCUCGGCGCUGCUCAACCCCAGCCUCCCGAACCAAAGCGACGUGGUGGAGGCUGAGGGCAGCCACAGCAACUCGCCCACCAACAUGGCGCCCGCUGCGCGCCUUGAAGAGGCUGUGUGGCGGCCCUACUGAGGGCCCCGCGGCGGCCGAGUGGGAGGAGCGCCCCUGCCCAGGCCCAGCCUUUGCUCUGGAGAGCCCGCGGGUAUGGGGUCCGCGGCCGGCGCUGGGGAAGGGGCGCGCCCCUGCCAACUGGGUUCUGGGAUCUCGCUCUGCUCCGCGCCCUCGCCCACCCCCUCCCCGGCCCUUGGGCAUUCGGGCCCCCUGGCCACCUGCGCCCCCGAGGCCAUGCGGAGCGCCAUUGCUGUGGGCCCGGCUCACCUUUUCCGAACCUGACCCAGCAGGAGGGUGUCCGCUUCACCACCACGUGGACGCGUCGUAAGGCAAACAGGAAGAUUCCCAGAGGGAAACUGUGAAUGCUUCUGAUUUAGCGAUGCUGUGAAUAAAAGAAAGAUUUUAUACCCUUGACUUCACUUUUUAACCAAGUUGUUUAUUCCAAAGAGUGGAAUUUUGGUUGGGGUGGGGGCGGGGAAUGCAACUCCUCUUGUUUGGUAUCUAAUUUGUAUUUUUUAGUUUUCUUUUCCAGCACCUUAUAAAUUGCAAAGUGCAUAUUUGCAUUUGGGGUGUUUUUUAUUUUUAUAUAUAUAUAUAUUAAAAAAUUGAGCUUGCUUCUUUCUUGCUUUGACAAUUUGAAAGAAAUAUGAUUCCUUUUUUCUGUAAGUUUUAUUUAACUUUUCUUUUGGACUUUCGUGUAGUUGUUCUUUUGAGAAACAACUACAGCUUUGGGUCAUUUUCAACUACUGUAUUCCCACAAGGAAUCCCUAGAUAUUUAUGUAUCUUGUUGUUUAGACACUUACUUAUGUGUUGAUACUUUUUUAUUAUUUAAAUGUACUUAUAUUAAGAAGAAAAAUAUCAAGUACUACAUUUUUGUUUUUGAUAGUAGCCAAAGUUAAAUGUAUCACAUUGAAGAAGGCUGGAAAAAAAGGAUGAGCAAUGUGAUGACUUGGUUAUCUAAAUAUUGUUUACAUUAAACUCCCUUUCAUGUUAAUCAAACGAGUUGGUAGCUAAUGCAGCAAUGUUUUUAAUGCUUUUUAGAUGCUGAGGGUCACUUGAAGGAUCUGAAGUAUGGAAUUUUCUGCCAAGCUCAACAAAGGGUCUCAUACCUGACUCCCUCCCUUCCAACAGCGGAGGUCAAAUCUGGUUCCAGGAGGUUCAGAUAGAUGCCAAUGAUUGCACCUCUGGAGAGGAUUUAUUUUCUGCCUAGGGGUUUGCUCCCUCCAUGGGCUUGAUAAUUCUAGAUGUGCUUUGUAACCAUUGAAUCCAAAGUAAGCUAUGUGGAAGAGCAGUAUCCACAUGGGAACCGAAAGAAUGGAUUUAUGGGUUUCUUAACUGCUCCCUUCUGGAGUAGUAAGGAGAUCAUCUGAAUCCAGAAUUCAGACUUUUUAGCUCCAAGAAAAUACUUCUAUUUGAUACAGUACCUGUUCAUUGAUUCAGAACAAAACUUGUGGCUGUUCCCCAAGGCUGGGAGUGGAAGAAACUAGACCUGGUGUCUUUGGUGCCUGAAGGUCUCCAGCUGAAUUUUCAUAGGGUGGCUUGGAAGCAGACCUGAACAGGACAGUUUUCCUCUGUGUGCUUCCAUGGAGUCACAUAGGAAAGCAUCAUCCCCCCUGUGCCAGACUCCAUCCUAAGCUGCUCAUUCAGCAUCCAUCUUUGCAUUGCUUUCACCAGGCUGAGACCCUACCUAAUGGGGUAUGUGCACUUUUAUCUGUGCAUCAGCAUGACAGGAAAGAUUCAUGUCACAGCUGCCCAUGGCUACAAUUCAAAAGUAUCCAAUGUCACUGUAAAUUUUUAUUGGAGAAUUUGGUCAGAAUGCAGUUGUUGUACAACUCAUAAAUACUAACUGCUGAUUUUCACAUAUGUGUGCUCAAAAUGAUCUGGUUGUUAUUUAAUGUACCUCUUAAAUUAGUUGAAAUGAUUUCAGGUCAACUCUGAAGAGUAUUUGAAAGCAGGACUUCAGAACAGUGUUUGAUUUUUAUUUUAUAAAUUUAAGGAUUCAAAUUAGAAAGAUCUUUGGCUGCAGGCAGCAAAACAGCUGGUCUUAUUUAAAACAACUUGUUUUUGAGUUUUCUUAUAUAUAUAUAUUGAUUAUUUGUUUUACACAGAUGCAGUAGCACUUUGGUAAGAAAGAGUAAAGCAGUUUGUGUUGUCAGGUCAUUCUUAUCUAGAAAAGAGCUAAAACAGAUCUUGGAGAAAUUCAGAAUAUAUUCAUUUUCAUUUUAGACAUGAUUAUCUCUCCAUGAUUCAAUUUAAUGUUUUAUUCUGUAUUACAUUUUUGCAGCAAAAUUAUCCUUAAAUGUCAGCAAAUUGACAAUUUUUAUUUUUGGAAAGGACCUUUGGCCCCUUGACCCCAAAUCGAACCUAAGUGUUCUCAACACAUGUUGCCAUAUCUGACCUGACAAAACGUUGGGGGAAAAUGAAGGAAAAAAAUUAUAUUUUUCAGUUCAUUUCUGGUACCUGAAGAUAUUCCAACUCAAAACCAGCCUAAUGCCCUAGAAAGGGGAUCAGACAAUGCUUCACAUUGAAUCUUCACUCUCAAAGGCAUGUAUGAGGAGGGCUUGUCACUUCGUUGGAGUCCCACUGGUUUGGCUAGUCAGAGUUUCACAGACCCUUACCAGCAUAUUAGUACUUAAUCAUUACAGAAAAAAUUAAAUCAAACUUUAGUGUUUUGGAGAUAGGUCUCACAUUACACUUAAUGUUCCCCUCCAGCGGAAAAAUUGUAUUCAUUGCCUUCAGGUAAAUUAAGGUGGUCCUUUAAUCAAGGAGACCCUUAAGCCAAUAAUGUAAUAACUGGAUGUAUCUGGAAGCAUUCGUCCAAGAGAAGAAAGAUUAAGCCAUUUCUACUGCUUGUUCAUGCCUUUAUUUAUAAUUUCAACAUGGACAUGUAUUUUAAUUCUUUUUGGUUUUUCUCACUAUAUUUCUUAUAUGACUUAUAUUUCUUUCUUCUGCUGGCCCCUUAAUAUUUCCCUCUGUUUCUCUUCUCCCUCCAUCAAACCUCUCCUCCUUCCUCCAUUCUCUUGCUUUAUAUAAGGAGACAGCACACACACCCCCAACUUCACACCAAGUGUCCAGAACACGAGGAGCUGCAGGUCUCCUCACUUUACAUAAAGGAACAUGGUGAGUCAGCCUUUCUCCUGCUCAUCAUGGGUUUCUUCCAGAAGUACAGAGACAUUGCCAACCAUUUUGGAUCUGCUUGCUGUCCAAGUGCAGCAACAGAAGCCUUCCUGGACAAAUUACAAUCAGUGAGUUAAUAGACAGCCUUUCUGCUGCCUCACAUUUCUGUGCAGAUAAACAGAAAUGCUCUGAUUGGAAAGGAAAUGAAUGGUUUCACUCAAAUGUCCUGCAGUUUAGGGUUGCAGGUUUCUGUCCUGAAAGGCCUGCUUCCUUAGGACAUUCCAUCCUGGCAAUUUUUGUUUUUGGUGGUUUUGUUUUCUGGGGUACAACAUGUUUGGGGUCUUUUAUACAUGAAAAAUCAGUUAAUAAUCUCAAAAAACUUUUUUUUUUCACAUUUGAACAAAAUGUCUUUUUGUUUACCUACAGUAUACAGUCGUUUGGGGUUUUGUUUGUUUGUCUGUUUGGAGUUUUUCCCCUCCCUUUAGCCAGAUCAGUAUUGAUGAGGCUGAUCAUUUGGCAUUUUUUUUUCUUUCCAGAAGAGUUGCAUCAACAAAGUUAAUUGUAUUUAUGUAUGUAAAUAGAUUUUAAGCUUCAUUAUAAAAUAUUGUUAAUACCUGUAAUAACUUUUUUUCAAUUUUUUUGUGUGUGUUUCUAAGGACUUUUUCUUAUGUUUGCUAAAUACUGUAGACAAAAAAUGCUUCUUUCUACUUUGUUUAUUUUAGAAUUAAAGAUGAGCUACUUUUUAUUCACUUUUGUAAAGAGCUAAUAGCAUGGUUCCAUUUUUUUUUUUUUUAAGUUCACUUUUUGUUCUAGGGGAAAUGAAUGUGCAAAAAAAAAAAGAAAAAGAAAAAGAACUGUUGGUUAUUUGUGCUAUUCUGGAUGUAUAAAAAUCAAUGGAAAAAAUAAACUUCCAAAUUGAAAUGACA